AUGGCCGAUAAGCUCCGUACGAUCCAAAACCUCGAGGCGAUGCAGGCGCGCUACAUCGGCACGGGCCACGCGGAUACGACCAAGUACGAAUGGACGUCGAACAUCGUGCGCGACAGCUAUGCCUCGUACAUCGGGCACCCGCCGAUGCUGUCGUACAUGAGCGUGGGGAUGGGCGAGUCCAAGGAGAAGGUGCGCGCCAUGAUGAUGGAGAAGAUGGUGCGGGGGGCGGGGAAUCCACCUGAGACGCAGGAAUAAACACGACCCACGAGGAGUAUUGAGGGGUAAGGUUGUGGUUGUGGUUGUGGUUGUGGCUCAGAAAGGAAAGGGGAUGGGGAUAGAGAUAAUAUUAUCUGGGGUUGAGGAG